AUGCGUUACUCGAUAGCCGCCUCCGGCCUUCUUGGCCUUGCCGCCGCCCUUCCUCAAAGAAUAAACAUUGACGCUGCCUUGGCUGUUCCUACGCCAUCGAUUCUGGGUCCCAACAUUGAGGCUACGAAGCCUGCGGAGACGACUUACAACCCUGUUGCUGCUGCUUCUGCUGUUGCCGCUGUCGUUGAGAGCGAGGGUGUUAUCGAGAAGCGUGAUAGUCUCACGGUGGGGAAGCGUGAUGCUUGUGAUACACAACCUCUUGGCAAUGGCCCUACUAUCUCACCUGACACUGCCGCGGCAUUCUCCUCGGCUGCUGAGUUGAGUGAGAUCGCUCAAAAUGCCGGAACUCCGUCUGGUUACCAGCAGUCUUUCGUAGACAAGAGCGGAAGCUCCCAGCAGAUCGGCUACUUGACCUACAAGACUUUCCCGACUUACGACGUCCAGGGCUGCGCUGAUGCCUGCGACAGCGAGAAGUACUGCCUUGGCUUCAACAUCUACUUUGAACGCGACCCGUCGCUCGAGCCUGGACCCAAUUGCCCCAACCCCCCUUCCACCACCAAUAUCAAGUGCUCUCUCUAUGGAUAUCCUGUCGCGGCCAAGGCGGCCACCAAUACGGGUCAGUGGCGUCAAGACUUUCAAGUCGUGAUCGCUGGUAGCAACGGCUAUUCCAAAACCAACAAAGGUCUGCCAAGCGUGAAGGACUUCAAGGCCCCGACAAGUCUACCAGCCGCCAUCAAUGCACCGCUUGACAAUGGUUAUGAUACCUACAAUGGCAUGCGACUUUUCAACGAUAAUCCAUUCGACCCUUCGCUAUGUGCUGCUGCAUGCGAAGCCCAAACGGAAUACGAUAUGGCACAUCCCGACUCCGAUGGCACUUACAAGCCUUGCAACUUCUUCACUACCUAUAUCCUCACUCAGAACGGCGUCCCUCUCGGCACUUACUGCGCCUUCUACACACGCUCCUGGGACCCUAGCUACGCCGUCAACACUGGCUACUACGCUGGCGACGAUGAGUACAAGGUAAUCAACGCUGGCUCGUACGAAAUCACUAGUCCCAACCUUUCGCCUUCGCCCUCUCCAUCGCCUUCGCCCUCUCCAUCACCGUCGCCUUCUCCGUCGCCAUCGCCUUCCCCAUCGCCAUCUGCUGUCGAUAUCACCCCAACCCCAACCCCGACUCCCACGCCUACGCCGACUCCCACUCCUACCCCCGCUCCGACGCCGUUGAAUACUUGCGGAGGCAUCAGCCCCAGAAAAAGUGCCACGAUACCUCAACGAACCAUCAUCAUGGGCAGCGGCGCCAACUUCGAGCGUUCUCUCUGCAACAGCUUCUGUCGCAGCCUGGGUACCUGCCGUAGCUACGGACUCUCCGGUCCAAAAUGCGAAUUGUAUCCUCUUCCUGUCGCGCAGGUGGCAAGGCUUAGCGAUGCUGAUGGCGCGGCAACAAGUGUUUCGUAUACGUUUUAUGAUAUUGGGUGUGCGUAA